AUGUCAGUGAUGCCGUCCAGGUGGGAGGACCAGUUGUGUAACCUGGAGGCUGCCCUUCAUUUUCUGGAGCCCGAUCAUGUGCUAGUUCUCCAUGGGAGAAGGUUGAGCACAAGUACAGAAGCCGACGACGCCGUCUGGCAUGUUAUCCUGGAUAAACUCAGAGCUGUGGGUAUAGGGACCCGACAGCUGAUACAUUGUCAUUGCUUCCUGGGAUCUCCGGAUAUGGUGCGUUCCUUUGUCCGCUAUUAUCCGAAUACCUAUUUCGGCGUCACGGGGCGCUUUGCAGAGCAAGAGGGGCCGGUCAACGCUAAGGCGCGUAAUAUGCUUAGGACCCUACCCCUUGGGAGGCUGCUUUUGGAGACGGAUUCUCCAUACUUUAACAUCCAGAGGAACAAGUGUUCCACACCGGCUCUUCUUGGUCACGUGGCCAAGUUAGUGGCAGAGAUCAGAGGUGAGCGAUGGCGGGAACUUCUACGCCACACCAGGGACAACGCACGGCGUUUUUACCUGGAGAAAAGAGGCCCAGAUACCUAG